GCCGCCGGGCUGUGGAGCCCCAGCCCGCGAUCCCCUGCCCGGGGCCGCGUUCCUUGCUGCGCUCCCGCCGGCGGGCUCCGGAGGAUGGAGCUGUUCCAAGCCAAGGAUCACUACAUCCUGCAGCGCGGGGAGCGGGCGCUCUGGUGCAGCCGGAGGGACGGUACCCUGCAGCUGCGACCCGCCACGGAUCUUCUUCUGGCCUGGAAUCCUGUCUGCCUGGGUUUGGUGGAGGGAGUGAUUGGGAAAGUUCAGCUUCAUACAGAUCUACCAUGGUGGCUACUUCUGAUUCGCCAGAAAGCGUUGAUUGGAAAGCUUCCAGAAGGCCAUGAAGUAUGCAAAAUAACCAAAAUUGCAGUGAUUCCACUCUCUGAAACGGAUCCUCAGGAUCUGGAGUUGGAGCUCUGUAAAAAGCAUCACUUUGGGAUAAAUAAGCCAGAGAAGAUUACACAGUCUCCAGAUGACUCUAAAUUUCUACUCAAGACCUUUACUCAAAUAAAAUCAAAUGUGUCUGCAUCAAAUAAAAAGAAGAUAAAAGAAAGUAAGGAGAAGGAGAAACUGGAGAGGAGAUUAUUAGAAGAACUCUUCAAAAUGUUCAUGGAUUCAGACUCCUUUUACUACAGUCUGACUUAUGACCUAACAAAUUCUGUCCAGAAGCAAAGCUCAUGUGAGAAGACUAACUUGCCACUGUGGAGGAAAGUUGAUGACAGAUUCUUUUGGAACAAACACAUGAUUCAAGAUCUCAUCAAUACUGAUAACGCAGAAGUGGACUCUUGGAUUAUACCCAUCAUUCAGGGAUUUGUACAGAUUGAAGAACUUGUAGUUAAUUACAAUGAUGCAUCUGAUGAUGAGAAAAGCAGUCCAGAGACGCCUCUUCAGGAGCCAAUUUGUGUAGACGAUAUCCACCCACGAUUUCUAGUAGCACUUAUCUCACGCCGAAGUCGGCACAGAGCUGGGAUGCGGUAUAAGCGAAGAGGUGUUGAUAAAAAUGGGAACGUGGCAAAUUACGUGGAGACAGAGCAAUUGAUUCAUGUCCAUAAUCAUACUCUCUCAUUUAUUCAAACACGAGGCUCUGUGCCAGUGUUCUGGAGUCAGGUUGGAUACAGGUACAACCCACGACCACGACUGGACAAGAGUGAAAAGGAAACUAUACCCUAUUUCUGUGCACAUUUUGAAGAACAACUGAAAAUUUACAAGAAACAGAUUAUUAUUAAUUUGGUGGAUCAGACUGGACGAGAGAAGAUUAUUGGAGAUGCUUACCUUAAACAAGUGCUACUAUACAACAAUUCAAACCUUACUUAUGUUUCCUUUGACUUCCAUGAGCACUGCAGAGGAAUGAAGUUUGAAAAUGUUCAAACAUUAACUGAUGCCAUUCAUGAUAUCAUCCUUGAUAUGAAGUGGUGUUGGGUUGAUCAAGCUGGUGUGAUUUGUAAACAAGAAGGAAUUUUUCGUGUUAACUGUAUGGACUGUCUGGAUCGGACCAACGUAGUCCAGGCUGCUAUUGCAAGAGUGGUCAUGGAACAGCAGCUGAAAAAGUUGGGUGUGAUGCCACCAGAACAGCCUUUGCCAAUGAAAUGCAACAGAAUCUACCAGAUAAUGUGGGCUAACAAUGGAGAUUCCAUAAGCAGACAGUAUGCUGGAACAGCAGCUUUAAAGGGUGACUUCACAAGAACUGGCGAAAGGAAACUGGCAGGAGUAAUGAAAGAUGGAGUCAAUUCUGCAAAUAGAUACUACUUGAAUCGCUUCAGGGAUGCUUACAGGCAAGCAGUCAUAGAUUUGAUGCAAGGUAUCCCUGUGACUGAGGAUCUUUAUUCCAUAUUUACAAAAGAGAAAGAACAUGAAGCACUGCACAAGGAGACAGUGAGAAGCCAUCAGGAACUGAUCAGCCAGCUAUUGCAAAGUUACAUGAAACUACUCUUACCAGAUAAUGAAAAAUUCCAUGGUGGAUGGGCACUUAUUGAUUGUGACCCAAGCCUCACUGAUGCUACUCACAAAGAUGUGGAUGUUCUAUUGCUGCUUUCGAACUCUUCCUACUAUGUGGCGUAUUAUGAUGAUGAAGUUGACAAAGUAAAUCAAUAUCAAAGACUAAGCCUUGAAGCCUUGGAGAAAAUAGAAAUAGGUCCUGAACCCACCCUUUUUGGAAAGCCCAAGUUUUCUUGCAUGAGGUUGCAUUAUAAAUACAAUGAAACAAGUGGAUAUUUUCAUACUCUCAGAGCUGUGAUGCGCAACCCUGAAGAAGAUGGAAAAGACACCCUUCAGUGUAUUGCAGAGAUGCUGCGAAUCACGAAGCAAGCUAUGGGAUUAGAUGUGCCCAUUAUUGAGAAAAAGCUGGAGAGGAAGAGCAGUAAACCUCAUGAGGACAUCAUUGGCAUUAGAUCCCAGAAUCGAGGAUCCCUGGCCCAAGGCAAGAAUUUCUUAAUGAGCAAGUUUUCAUCUCUUAAUCAGAAAGUCAAACAAACCAAAUCCAAUGUUAACAUUGGCAGUCUUCGCAAGUUAGGGAAUUUUACCAAGCCUGAAAUGAAAGUCAAUUUUUUAAAACCCAACUUGAAAGUUAAUCUUUGGAAAUCAGACAGUAGCCUUGAAACUUUGGAAAAUCCGCUGGCAGAUACUAAAAUACAUGCUGAAUCAGAUACUGAAAUAUCAGAUGAUGACUCUUUUCAUUCCGAUGACUUCCUGACAAAUUCUAAAUCUGAUGAGAACCAUCAGUUAACUGGCUCUUUAGAGAAUGUGGGACAGAUAGACUAUGUUUUGCCCAGCUGUGGUAUCAUUGCAUCAGCUCCUCGACUGGGUAGCCGGUCCCAGUCUAUAAAUAGCACUGACAUCAACAUUAGCAUUCACAUUCCUUCAGAGAUCCAUGUUACCCAGGCUAGCAGGCCUGAGUGUGAAGACAGACCUAUGCAGGGAAAUCCUUUUGCUGACAAUGUGGCGAUGGAGUUCAUUAAACCCGUCGAUGCAUACUGCCACAGAUUUGUACAAGAUGCUCAAAACAAGAUGACAGAAGCUUCAGUGGCAGAGACUGCUCCUCAAAAACCCUGCCAAGGAGUAGAUCAAACCAGCAAUAAUGCUUUUCAGAAAACAGAAACCUGGUCUGAAACAAACAGAGACAUCCCUUCAAGGCCAUCUAAAUUGGAUGUACCAUUUUCUGAGUCAGGUUCUCAGUUCUUAGCUGUUGAGGAAGUUUACACCAAUAGAUCUCAUAAGAGCCCAGGAUCUGCAUCCAGUAUUCUUGAAGUUGAGACAGGACUUCAUAUGACUCCCUCUCCAGCAGAUAGUAACGGCAGCAGAGCAGUCUCCCCCUUUGCUAAGAUCCGCAGUUCUAUGGUCCAAGUUGCUAAUAUUACACAAGCUGGAUUGACCCAAGGGAUAAACUUUGCAGUGGCAAAGGUGCAGAAGAGCCCAGCAGAACCAGAGGCUGUAAAUGAAGUCCAACAAAAUGAACUGAUAGAAAUGUUUACACAGUGCCAGACCCGAAUUAUUCAGAUUUAGUUGCUAACUUAGAAAAUACUCUUGUUGUGGCUUGUCCAUAUUCUUAAAUUCAUACUGGAAGACCCAUGUAACGUGAAUUGCCACUGAACACUGGGAUAAAA